AUGUAAAAUAAAGAAAUCAGUUUUGAAGAUUCAUUAAGACAAUCAUAAUUACCUUAAUAAUAAAAAUAAAGUAAAAAGAAAACCAACAAUCAAGAUAAAUAAGAUAAGCAAGUCAAAUUUACAGGUAAAAGUUUAUAUCAUAGAUAGAUGAGGAAAUUAAAAUUAUAGAAAUGCUAACUCCAUAAAUUAAACAAUAAUAAUAAGCAAUUAAAAUUGCAAAUGGAAAAUUAGACUUUCUCUUUGAUGGCUCUAGAGAUGUUAAUUUAGUAAAACCUUAUCAUGAGGAUGGAGAUGAAAAUAUGUAUUCGAAGGAGAAUAUUACAAAGAGAAGAAAACUCAAAAGUGAUCCUGAUGUAAUCUAAAGUAUUGAAGGUUUUAUGUCACAUUAUUAAUUUGAUAUUAAUAACAAAUUAAUCAAGGAAAAUUAUUUAAAAACUCAUAUAAGAUUGGCAUAUUUAUUAAGAAAAGACAUUGAAGAAGAUACGGAGGAGUUGAAAUUUUUAUUGCUUGAGGAUUGGUAUAAUUUAUUUAUUAUAAAGGGAGCAUGAUUCAAAAGGAAAUGGUUUUAUGACAAAAGCAGAUUUAUUUGAUUCUUUAUUUGAAUUAGUAGAUACAUGGACUCCAGAUGCUGAUAAAUCUGAGUAUAUUGGAUUUUUUGAGUUGUUGGAAUAGAAAUAUAAAAGACAACAAGAUGAAAGUACAUUUACUAUUUAUUAAACUAGAAUUUGAAUAGUUGUACUAUGAAAUAAUGGAAAGUUGA